AACAAUGAACCACCAGCACUAACAAAACCAAAAUGGUCAACCUCCUCACCACCCCCGCAAUCCUCUCCGCCUGGGAAUCCCUCCCGACCUCAACCCGCAACGACCUCUCCCUCCCCUCCGCACUACACCUCUCCGACCCCAUCUCCCACGCCCAAUUGAUCCAACUAGCCCGCUACUUCCGAACCACCCCAUCGUCUACCCAAGAUGCCAGCCCCCCCGACAAGACCAAGAAUGAGGAAAGGACACUAAACGCCCUCCUCCAAGGCACAAAACUCCACGUUCCGCCCCCGCCUAAGAAACCCGAACCGUCAAAAUCCUACCUCACGCACAAAUCCGCCCUCCUAGCCGCCGCCGAAGCAGACGCCUAUAACCGCAUGCUCACCUCCGCUCCUACCGCGACCAUCGCCCGUGAAUCCCCAUCGAUCUUCACCUCUAGUACCCCGCUUCUCUCUGCUCUGCAUGAUAAACACCAUACUCCAGGGGUAAUAGGAAAGGGGCAAAGGAAUGCGGAAGACGAAGAAACAAUCACCCCGUCGCUGGUGCUGAAUAUCUUUCUCUCGGUGUUGAUCACGGGGUUUAGUGUCUUCUGGGCAUUGCAUAGUCUUAUACCGACGGCCG